AUGACAGAAGAAUCAAAUUCAAUCUUAACAACAAUAAAGUAUUACAAAAGUAUUUUAAAAUUUCCAUCUUUUCCAAAAUAAUAUUCAGAAUUAGAUGAGACUUAAGAAUAGAAUGAACUUUUUUUUUGUAAUUCUAAAUAAAGAAAAGAGGAAAGUUUAAGACUCUUAAAAGAAUGGGCUUAAAAUAGAAUGGAAUUAUUUGAAAAGAAUAGAGAAAUUGUUGAAGAAUUAGCUAAUUCUUGUGAUUAUAGAAUACGAUUAUCAGUUGAUUUUCUUUAAAUUGUUUACAAAUUUUUCAAUGAGAAAUAUUUUCAUGAAUAAUAAUAUGCUCAAUUCCUUAUUACAAAACCUCAACCAGCAUUAAAAUAAAAUCCACUUAAUUAAUAAUUAUAUUCUACAAUAGGAAUUUCUAUAUCAACAUUUGAAGAAUACAAUUUAAAAAGAUUAGAAAAAAUUGCAAAUUUUGCACAUUCAAUUCAAACUGAAAUACUAAAAGCAUAAUCAUUUCAUGAUUUAAGUGAUAUGGAUAAAUAAUUAGAUUUACUUUUGAGUUCAAUAAUAACAUAAAAAAAAUUACUUUAAAAUUAUAUUACAUCAGCAGGUUAAAAAUUAAAUUAAAUUAUCUAAUAAUUUCCAUAACAUCAACCACCUUAAAGAUAGAGAAAACCAAUAUUUGAUGAUUAAUAAUAAUAACCUUAAUAAAGUAGGACUGAUAAAAUUUUAUAAAAUAUUUCUGCUUUAGGAACAUUAUUAGUUGGAGCAUCAUCUUUAUAAGAUCCAGUUGAAAUGGAACUAAAUUAAUAAAUGAAAGAAUAAGAAAGAUAAAUUAGAGAAUAAUAAUUAAAAGAAGAAUAAAGUUUAAGUAAUGGAAGUGAAUUAUAAUAAGAACAAGAGGCUUAAUAAUAGAAAUAGGAAAUAAAUAAAGAAGAAGAAUAAGUAGUUAAAUAAAUUUAGAAUGAUUAAAUAUUAAAAGUAGAGAAUUAAGUAGAAUUAUAAGAUAAAUAAAUAGAAACAUAAGAUAAAUAAAUAGAAUUAAAAGAAAAUCAAUAAGAUUAAUAAUAAUAAAAAUCACCAGAAUCAUUAAGUAGUGCUGAAUAUUACAAAUAAUAAUAAUAAUUAAAAGAAUAAUAAUAAUUUGAAUAAAAUAAACUGAGAUCUAAAAAUUACUAACCUCAAGGUUAAUAGAAUUAAUAAAUCAUAUAUGAAGAUGAUGGUAGAAAAUAAAAUAAUCAACCAGUUGAUUUAUAUAGACUUAUUAUUAGUUUUGUAGCAACUCAAUAAUAUGCUAACAAAUUAUUAAAUUAAUUGGCUGAAAAAGUAUUAUAAUAUUGGAAAUAAGUAUAUUUCAUUAAAAUAUUAUUAGGUUAUUGCAAUAGAAUCAAAACGAGCUUAAUGGGCUAAAGAUUCAUGUUUGAUAUAUAAAAAGGGAAUUGCAGAAGUACAUAAUUUAUAAGUAGAAUUACCUGAAUUAUCAAUUGAUGUUGAUUAACAUUACAAUCUUAGAAAAAUAUUACCAAAAGAAAUUGCAUAAUUUGAAGAUGGUCAUUAGGAAGAAUUCAUAUAAACUUUAGUUAUAAAAGAGAUUGGAUGUUAAGCAGCAAGACUUUUAUUAGUAAAAGAAUUUAAAGUACAUGUUAUUGAUAAAAAUAAUGAAUUAUCAGCUAUUUUAGUAUUAACUAUUGAUAAAUAUGUUGGCUGUUGGUUAAAACAUGAAGAUACAAUAGAAGGUAUUUUAAUAUUGAAUUUAAGCUGUUGAUAAUCCAGUUCUUCAUUAUCCAAUAAAAGGUAUGGCAAUUCAGAAAGUUAAUGAACUAAUAUUAGAUAUAAUGCCAUCAAGACAUUUAUUAUUUUUGAAUGUAAUCUUAAUAAUCUAUUUUAGAUUGCAAAUGAUAGAUAGAAAAGCAAAAUUAAAUUUUAAACAGCAGAUGAUAUGGAAGAAUUUUGUACAAUUUCAUAAGCAAAAGCUUGA